AUGGUUGCUGGUGCAGCAGCUGUUGACUCUGCAAACCAUUAUGAGAGUAGAUCAGUCGGCGAAGGGAACCUGUGGCAUUACGAGGGAACUGGUGUUCAAGGUACCGGUCUAGGGGUGCAAGAUCGAUCGGUGGAGUGGAACCAUGAUGCAAACAAUUAUCACUACGACCAACUGAGAGUUCCGAUGCAUCCAGUUCACGAGUGGCAUCAGGAUGACUCAAACAACAAACAGGAUAUCCAAGAAUGGAGACCAACCUACGGAGGAACAAGUGAUCAUCAAGAGGCAUCGGCACACUCGAAAGAAUCGAGCAUGGAGCAGCAUAGUUCACAGGAAUGGCGGAGUGACAGUGGACAUCAGGACGAUGUCGGUAGUAAACAUGAGGAUAAACACCAUCACCAUCAUUAUCACCAUCACGUUAAGGUGGUUGAGGUGCCGAAACCAUUUCCGGUGCAUGUCGAAAAACCGUAUCCGGUGUAUGUGGAAAAACCAGUGAUCGUGGAGAAGCAUGUCCCACUGAAGUUCUAUAUCAAGAAGAAAUACCAUUAGGGAUUAGCUUUUCGUUUGGAAUGCAGCCAAAGGAUGUACGUUCGAUUGUUAUCUAGUUGUAUUUUUUGUUUUGUAAAGUAAGACUGAUUAUAUGAAACAAAAUUAGU